AUGUUGCGCCGCUUCUUUGCGCAUUGUAAGUGCAGCAUACCACCGGUGCAGAGUUUUGUUCGAGCAGUGUCAACGACUAGCUCGUGGACCGUGUCAAAGGCAGACUUCGACCCUCAUGGCUACACCAGUGGCCGAUGGCUUCGACUAGACGACCGACAAUUGAAAGCUCGCCAGAUCGCUUUCGACUUUGACAAGCUUCGCGACAAGGUAAUUUCUUGCAGUGCCGGUGCCAGCAGCAUAGUCAAGUGCGUCAAGGUUGAGGGUGGUUUCAACCGCGCCUUCAUCAUGCAGCUCGACAAUGGCGCAUCGCUUGUUGCCCGCAUACCAUUUUCGGUCGCAGGACCAGCGCGCCUGACCACGAACUCCGAGAUGGCUACGAUGGAAUACAAGACAGUCCGCAAGAAUACGACCGUUCCUCUUCCCACUGUGCUGGAUUGGAGCGACGAUCCCACUAAUCCGAUUGGAACAGAGUAUAUCAUCAUGGAGCACGCACCCGGAGUCAGUCUUCAUCACAGGUGGGACACUAUGAACGUUGAACAGCGCAUUCUAGUCAUCAAAUCGCUCGGGCUGCUCUGCCAGCAAAUGGCCUCAUUGCAGUUCCCUGCCUACGGCUCGCUGUACUUUAUCGGUCAACGUGUGGCUGCCGAAAACAGUAUUCCAUUGUCGGAACGGCUUUGCAUCGGUCCUCAUUGUGGGAAUAGGUAUCGGAACACGAUGCCAGGCGAUGAGCACUGGUAUGAGCGCGCAGCACCAAAUCGCGGCCCUUGGAAAAGCCAUGAAGACUACGUGCGCGGCUUACUUGAUGUCGGUCUAUCUCGAAUUCCGGUACUGAACGAGAACACCACGCGUACACAAGAGGAGGCCAUUCAGGACCAUCUACAUCUGAAUCGCACGGCCAAAGACACUCUCCUCGCAAUGGUCGCAUCUCCGGUCUAUCACAACGUACAGCGUCCCACAUUCCUGCACCGAGAUUUGCACAAGAGGAACAUAUUCGUUUCCGAUGAAGACCCCACACAAAUUACCUGUCUCAUCGAUUGGCAGUCCAGCAGCAUCGAACCGGCCUACUCCUACGAUGAGACACCUGACCUGUGUGAAUUCCCUACCGAUUGGCACGAAUCACAGGUAUCAGACCCGCCUACAAAGGAACAGCAGAAUAUAAUGACCUCUGUCGACCUCUGCCGGCAAACGUGGGCUGUCAUACUGCGUGGCUACCUGCCAGUACUCUUCGAAGCGAGAACCAUGGAUCAAGAUCUACUUCGACUCCUGCAGUACAUUCCGUCAGCGUGGAGACACGGCGCAGUGCUCAUCCGCGAAGAUCUGAUCCAGCUGUCACGAAGGUGGAACACCGAUCUCAAAUUGCCAGGAACUUGUCCGUAUCAGCCCACAGAGGAGGAAUUGACGCGCCAGGCGCAGCUCUUGCCCAAGUGGAGGGAAAUCCACGACGUUCGGCAAGCGUUGUUCAGGUGUCUACGGACGGAUGCAGACGGCUGGAUUCCGAUCGAUCACUGGGACAUCCUGCAGGAAGCACACCGAGAGGUGUUCGACGAGUGGGUGGGAAAUGCGGCUGCGGAGGUGGGCCUCACAGGAGAGGAGAUGCAAGCGGCGUGGCCGUUUGACGACCCGGGACAACCUCAAAUGUGA